AGAAACAGAAGGGAAUUACUCCUCACUGAGAGAUAGCCAAAGCCUCUAAACUAAGCCCAAGGGACAGCUUGCAGGGAAUAUUCCCUUGUUUUACUCAGAGGAUCUUUCAGCAGCUCGGCACUUCUACCAAAAAUGACCCUCAACCGAAGUGACCGGUUUAAGAGCCUGGAAAAGAGGAGAGGCAGCAUGCCAUUCUCUAUGCAUCAGCAGCUGCACAGGAGAAGCAUGCCCGUGGAUGAUAAGGAACUGCAUGGCAAAACCCCGGCAUCUCAGCUAUCUAGCUUGGUCCGCUGCCCCUCGUACAACCCUUCAGAUGAACAUAGAGAAAGCUGGGCAUCAGAUUCCUCUGACUCUGUCAUCUCCUCUGGCAGUGACUCUGAGGAUCACGUGUACAAAGUCAUCCUGCUUGGGGAACAUGGAGUGGGAAAGUCUAGCCUGGCCAGGAUAUUUGGGGGUGUGGAGGAUUUACAUGAUGUAGAAGAAGCAGGAAAUACAUAUGACAGAUCUAUUGUGGUGGAUGGGGAAGAAGCCUGUCUUUUAGUCUUUGACAUUUGGGAACAGGAUGACAAUCACUGGCUGCAUAACCAGUGCAUGAAGAUGGGAGAUGCUUAUGUUAUUGUUUAUUCCGUUACGGACAAAGCAAGUUUUGAAAAGGCUUCUGAGCUCAGAAUACAGUUACGAAGAGCAAGACAAUCAGAGGAUAUUCCUAUAAUUCUAGUUGGCAACAAAAGUGACUUGGUCAGAUCACGAGAAGUAUCAGUAGAAGAGGGACGUGCUUGUGCUGUUGUGUUUGACUGCAAAUUCAUAGAGACAUCAGCCUCUCUUCACCACAAUGUCAAAGAUCUCUUUGAAGGAAUAGUGCGCCAGAUAAGACUCCGCAAAGAUAGCAAAGAGGACAACGCCAGACGAAUGGCUAGCAGCAAAAGGAGAGAAAGCAUUGGGAAAAAAGCCAAGCGAUUCCUUGGGAAAAUUGUAGCCAAGAAUAACAAAAAGAUGGCAUUCAAGCAGAAGUCAAAAUCGUGCCAUGAUUUAUCCGUGCUCUGAAAACAUUUAAAGGGGCCAUGUGCAGCCCUACAGAACUGAAAUAUAUCAGGACUUCUGAAAUGGAGAUCUACAUGGAAAUAGAUACCGAUCUAUAACUUGCAUAUUUUCAUUUCUAUUUAAUGCCUUAAUUAUCAGGGCUUGGAAGCUGAAUAAGGACUUUGGCUCUGGGAUGGACUAAAAUUUUUGACGGUGUGUAGUAAAUGAAAAGCUUUGUGGAAGUGACUGCUUGCUGUCCACAUAUAGCCUCCGGAAAUUGGUUCAGACUGACAAAAAAAGAUUUUCAUCUACUUCUGUAUUAAAACUUGAAAAUAUGUGCGCAGGCUCGUACAUGCAUCCUAAUUUUCUUAAAGUCCAUGUAUUGGAAAUCACAUGCACAUAAAGACUUCUGUAUUGAAUUAUUCUGUAGGCUACUAACAUUUUUUUUGAAUUGUAAUUGCACUUCCAUUACUUGUUAUCAAAGAUGGAUUUACAAUUUGUUUACAUAAAGAUUUUAUAAUAAACUAUUUACUAUUA